AUGGACACGUUACCACUGGAGAUCAUCGCCACAAUCUCCGAGCACCUCGAGCCCUCCGACUUCACGGUUUUCGCGAGCGUGAACAGGGCUUUGCGCCACUCAACGGAGCAGAUUCUAGCCGACGCCACUGUUUAUACUGAUGAAGAUGGAUACAAGUCGCUCGACGCUCGACUCCCGAAUGUUCUGAAUGAUCACGAUAAUGAGACUGAAUUCGAGUAUAAGGCGUCCAAAAACAACGAAGCCUUCACCGAUAAGAUGUUAUCUCUCAUGAGACUUUUGCAUUCAUGGGAACACGAGCUUGAAAGCAGCAUACAUUUAGUCGUCCACGUCACGGCACCGGGUAUCCCCGCUGAUUUUGAUGGGAGGGCAUGGGAUUGUAAUGGAGUUCCCAACUGGAUGCGCGACCCGAGAGAGGUCAAGUCUUUUCCCAAACGCGGUCAAUCUCUCAAGUUCUCCGGGGCGACCAACCAAUAG